AUGCUCGAAAAGCUUCCGCGUAAGAAGACAGGGCCUCACCACCAUAUCGCCCUCCAUAUUGGCAUCCACCUAAAGCGUGUGUAUACACGGAUCAACGGAGUGGUUCUGGAACGACAUGCGCUGAACACUCAUACAGCACCGUUGAGGUCUCAAAUUCGGUCAAGGUUUGUCAGGUGGAAUGCCGGACGGCCGGCGGACACCAUCUUGCUCAGUCUCUACCGGCUCGGUACCGACGUGCAUCUGUCAUCUGUCACCGCAGAAGGGCAUCACAGCACAGCGUAUAAUAUGGCCUGUCUCUGGCACUGGCACAACGAGUCGGACGUUUGCAAACGACACACUUACCAAAGCUGGCGUUCAGGGACGAGGCUGAAUCUACGGCGUCCAGACCACGAGGCCUUACAAAUGAGAAAUGCUCGCUUACCUUACGUUCAGGCAUCUGGACUUUUGUCUCCUGGACGAAAUAAUCUGAAACUGCACUCUCACUCGUGCUCUACCAACGCACUGGGCCUGCCAUGCACGAAAACCACGCUCACAUCUCCAGCCUGGCGUCGAUCCCGUUUGAUGUUGCACCACGCUAGCCAUUUCCACGUGCGCGUCAUAACAUGCUCCAUCGGCCUUCAAGACGUGGAAGCUGUGAGCACACAGGGAUAUGACCAAGCCAGCAGGGUAAACUGUACUGUACUCACCAUGCAAGAGGUUGCAGUGGAAUGGAAUGUGGACCACAACUUGAAAGAUCUUUAUGUUGCCACCAAUCUUUCGAGGCCUUCCUUUCUGAGCCUCGUCCAUACAAAGCCAGGUUCCACCAACGCCUCGCUAAAAAUUUCAAACUGCAUUCAUGCUAUACCCUCCGCGGUGGCCAAGUAUUGGUGA